GGGAUUUCGCACGAAUAAGCCGUCGGGGCUGCCUCUCACGGAAAAAUGAUCCUCACCCAAUGCGCAUUUUGUGCUGUCGACCUUGGCCUAACUUUGGGCAAGAAAUGCGGCCGCUGCAGCACACGCUACUGUGGGGCCGCCUGCCAGAAAAAGCACUGGGAGGAGGGCGGCCAUGACGCGCUCUGCAAAGCAAUAAAAAAAGCUGGCGGUGCCGAGCAAUACCACGCAAAUAACAAGUACGCAGCGGCCGUAGCAGUCGCGACGAAGGCGUGCGCGGACGACACGAAGGGCCAGACGUGCUACAUCUGCACGCAGGCCGUGCAUUGGAAGACAAAGGAGGGCCUCGUGCGCGGGUGCUCGUGCCGCGGGACGGCGGGAUUUGCGCACGUGUCGUGCCUGGCGGAGCAGGCGAAGAUUUUGAUCGCGGAGGUCGAGGAGAACAAUUUGGGUGCUAAUGCGUUGGAUGAGAGGUGGCAUCGGUGGCAUAAGUGUAGCCUGUGCGAGCAAGAGCACCACGGCGUCGUGGCAUGCGCGCUCGGGUGGGGGUGCUGGAAGACUUACGUCGGGCGGCCGGAGAGGGAUCUGUCUCGGAUCAGUGCGAUGAGGCGGCUUGGGAACGGUUUAUCCGCCGCAAAGCACCAGGAGGACGCGUUAUCCGUGAACAAGGCCGAGUUGUCUCUGCUGCAGCGCCUUGGCGCAUCGGAAGAGAGCAUACUCGCCGUGCGGCACAAUAUUGCGAUGGUGUAUCAGGGGCUUGGACGGUACGAACAGGCCCUACAGAUGAAGCGAGACGUAUACUCCGGACGUUUGAGGCUCAGCGGCGAAGAACAUCAAGAGACCAUCCGAUCAGCCGUCAACUACGGGAGCGCCCUUCUUUCUCUCGGGCGAUUCGAAGAGACCAAGUCGUCGUCAAAGAAAAUUUUGCCCGUGGCACGACGCGUUCUCGGAGAGAAUCACCAACUCACGCUCACGAUAAGGUUCGCUUACGGGGUGGCGCUCUACCAAGACGACGGUGCCACGCUCGACGAUGUCCGCGAAGCUGUGACGACGCUCGAGGACACGGAACGGACCGCGCGGCGCGUGCUCGGCGGUACGCAUCCGACCGUAGUGUCGAUUGGGGAAGCACGGCGAGACUCGCAAGCGGCGCUCGCGGCCCGCGAAGCGGGGUGCGCGUACUCCUAUAAGAUUAGAGUCUGAC